ACUGGCGCUAAACUUUGUUCGCUGAGAGCCUCGAUGUGCGCAGAGAAGAGGAACAUGGCCGCCAUGCAGCUGCUGCGGGAGUCGGUACAUGAGCGGAUCAGCGCUGCCGCUGAAGACUUCCUGCUGCAGGUGGAGAAAGGAGGAGGAAAGGAUCAAGUCCCGGAGCUGAGAGCGAUGCUCACCGAGCGGCUAAUGGCGGCGGAGGAGGAGAUCUUCGCGGUGCUUGAGGAAACCUUGGCGGAGUACGAGGAGCGAGUGGAGCGGUCCGAAAGGUCCGGGCGGAAGAUCUGCCGCCAGAGGAGGCUGCUCGAUGCCGCGAUGCAGCCCGAAGUCCGGCUGCACAGAGCAGUGUGUCCUGCAGAUGUCCAGCAACUGAUGGUGAUUAAAGAAGAGGUUCCCCCUGAGCAGCAGCAGUGGAGCCCCCUUGUGGACCCGGAGGACCCAGAGCCCCCCCACAUAAAAGAGAAACAGGAGGAACCGUGGACCAAUCAGGAUGGACAGCAGCUUCAAGGACUGGAGGAGGCUGAUAUCAAGUUCACAUUGACUCCUGUCGCGGUGAAGAGUGAAGAAGAUGAAGAGGAACUUAAAUUGUCAAAGCUUCAUCCGAGUGAGAUGCAGGAACCAGCCAGGAACUCAGGUCCUGAUGGACGUUUACAACCAGGUCCUGAAGACAAGACUGAAGACUCUUCUGAGACUGACGACAGUGAGGAUGAUUGGAUGGAGACCAGGGAACCUCAGACUGGUUUAAAUACAAGAAAUAACAAACAGCCUCUAAGUGAUAUGGGAUGUAAGACAGAAAAAAAACAGUUUAGUUGCUCUGAGUGUGGUAAAAGAUAUAACCAUAGGGGCCAUCUAAAUACACAUAUGAGGAGUCAUACAGGAGAUGAACCGUUCAGUUGCGCUGAGUGUGGUAAAAGAUUUAGCCAUUCGUGCCAUCUAAAUAAACAUAUGAGGAGUCAUACAGGAGAGAAACUGUUCAGUUGCUCUGAGUGUGGUAAAAGAUAUAAACAUAGGAGCCAUCUAAAUAUACAUAUGAGGAUUCAUACAGGGGAGAAACGGUUUAGUUGCGCCGAGUGUUCUAAAAGAUUUAACACAAGGGACCAUCUAAAUGUACACAUGAGGAUUCAUACAGGAGAGAAACCGUUUAGUUGCCCUGAGUGUGAUAAAAGAUUUAACGAAAAGGGCGGUCUAAAUAAACAUAUGAGGAUUCAUACAGGAGAGAAACCGUUUAGUUGCCCUGAGUGUAGUAAAAGAUUUAACCAAAGGGGCAAUCUAUAUACACAUAUGAGAAUUCAUACAGGAGAGAAAAAGUUGAGUUGACCUGAGUGUGGUAAAAGAUGUAAAAUUCAGUCCUAUUGUACGAGACGUGAGGAUUCAUAAAGGAGAGAACUGGUUAAAGUGUGUUCCUUUCAUAGUUUGAAUGUGUGUUGUAAACUAGUUCAUAUCAUUAAAUGUUUGUUUUAAGACAAUGGCUUCUUGGCUUGUGAGAUUCAAUGACAGUGUGUGUUCUCCUUUAUGUAUUGAAUGUGUUUCCAAGAAUAAAAGUUUCCUCGCCC